CAAACCCUUCAAACCCUUGACGAGUGACCCUCAACGUGGUUGGACGCGAGUACGAGAAAAGUGUGAAGCCUCUGAGUAGGGAAUGCUCAGCUGUAAAUUGGCCAGAUCAUGGAGCCAGCUGCCGCCAUUCAGCUCGCCGUCCCUACGACCCAAUCUAUCCUACAUACACCGCCGACACACGGCCAUAUUCCUCUCCAAUGUACCAGGAUGGAAGUAUGCGAAACAAUCCCCCCUCGUGACGCUUGAUCCUCGAUCCCUUUCACCCCGCGACUUCCGCGACAUAUCCAAUCAAAAAGUCUUCACAUUUCCCGGCAUUAGAUCUUAUAUUCACUAUGCACGCAAGAAAGCGGAAGGGAAGAGCGUCUACAUCACCUUCCCGGAUAAUACUGCGGGGUUUCUGUACUAUUGGACACAUCCAGACCUACCGCCCACUUUGGGGCAGGUCCGGUUUCGUGUAACGAAUACCCGCGAUCCGGGGGAGUUCGAUAGGGGCGGCGAUUUCUGUUAUCCUUCGGGGGCUCCCUGGUACAUAUCCCUGCCAUACAUCGCCGGCAGUGACGCCUACAAAAGUAUUUGCGAUAUCCUGGUCCGGGAUGGGCUGGUCGCGCGUGACACUAUUGAGCAGUUGCGUCCAUUCUCGGAGUCUCUGCGACUUAUGCCGCGACAAAUAACCAUCCUCACCUCACCACAUGAGGUAUUUCCCUUGUGUCUCCCACAGAACACUCUCGUAGUGUAUCUUGCUGCAGGGGAAGGUAAACGAGUCCGAAAAAUCAGUAUUCACCCUUGUAAGAAUGAAGAAUUAUCUCAGUUGGUUGAGCCGGGAAAGCAAGUCUUCGCUCUUGUACAGUUCGAGUACCCUCGGAGGUAUGUAAGAAACAACUGGUAUCCAAACCUCCGUAUAGUUCGUGUCUACGGGAAGGAAGGCCUUGUUACAAGGGGAACGCCUUCAUUGAUAUACACUCAAUCAAUGUAUCCCCGUGCUGACUUUAUGGCUUGGUUCAAGGAGUUUAACCAGAUGGGAGAGUCAAUUAGAGGUGUCCGUACUACGUGAUAAUCUUUCCAUCGGUUCUCAAGGCUGCCACGCAAGGUUUACCACUCACCCUCAAAUAGUCGGAAUCGAGCACUGGCAUUGCCGGUUUGCGCCUUGUGUCAGUAACGCUGGAACGAUGCGAAUUAUUAUAAAGGUACACUGCCGCAUUUGCGUGUAUGUAAGCUUUCGCUCUAAGGCCUUACUUUGAGGGCUCUGAAAAGGAAAC